AUGGUUAGAGGAGCUAAACCAGUAUCACAUGACAGUAAAGCACAGGCCAGUUCAGUGGAAAUAGUCACUACACCACUUGGUAUGUCAGUUUACGCGACAUAUUUGGACCAUCCAAAUGUAAAUGCCAUUACUGAGACCGGUAUAGAAGCUAGUACUUAUUCACCAGAGCAAUUACGAGAUUAUCAGUCUAAAGACCCAGACUUGGAGUUAAUACUGGUAUGGGACAAAACAGAGCCAUCAGAGGCUACAAUAUUCAGAUGCAGUCCAAUAGCUAAGAAAUAUUGGAUAAACAAAGAUAUGUUCUAUUUAGAUGAUAAUGGAAUAUUGAGAAAUUUGGACAAGAAAGACAGAACACCAAGACUUGUGGACAACCUGAGUGCAGAUUUUGUUAUGAAAGACAUUGUUGGAAAGCAAAUGAAAGCAAUAAAAGUAUUUUCUUCUGCAAUUGAAUAUUUGAAAAAUCAUCUUUUGAAUAGCCUACAAACGCGUUUCAAAAGAGGUGGUAAUAUUUCAAAUGCUGAUAUUCAUUGGGUUUUAACUGUUCCUGCAAUAUGGGAAAUGAAAGCAAAGCAGUUUAUGAGAGAUGCUGCGGAAAUGGCUGGAAUUAAGGGAGACCAACUAAGUUUAGCGUUGGAACCAGAAGCCGCAUCGCUUUAUUGCCAAAAGGUACCGAUGAGUAUAAGAGAAAACGUAACUAAAACUGUAGAUUUUCUCGGGCCUGGUACAUCAUAUGUGGUGUUAGAUCAAGGAGGUGGAACUUUUGAUGUUACUGGACAUCAGAUAGAGGAUGACAACUUUUUAAAAGAACUAUUCUCCCCCAACGGUGGUAGCUGGGGUGGAAAUAAUGUCAACCACAAAUUUGAAAAGUAUUUAGAAGAAAUAUUCACUGUUAGCGUAGUAGAUGCAGUUAAACAAGAGAAUCCGAUGGCUUACUUUGAUGCUCACCUGAUUCGUUGUCGACAACAAAUUAACAAGUGCCAGAUACAGGAAUUCCAAAAUUUAAAUUCCAUGUGA